GUGGGUCCCAUGGACCGCCGCUCUUGCAAGAAUCAAGCUGGAAUCGUUGCAGGGUAAUGACACGUGCGACUGGGGAUAGAAGGUACUCUACAAGGAGGACCCAAUAAUAGGACUAGGAAAAGAGAAACCCUAGCUUUCAAGAAAACGAAUCUGGUCACCCAUGCUCGCUCUCUCUCAUCCCUUUCUUCUUCCCCCACCAUAUCUAUAAAAGCACAAAGAGAGAGCUGCAAAACACCGAGAGAAGGGAGAGAUGAAAGGAGGAGAAGUAACAAUGGAUAGAGAAAUUGAGGUCCCUAACCCCAACAAUGGCCAGCCUUGCAAAUCGGUGACGUUGGAAGUCCUGAAGGGUAAGAUGGCUGAUUUCGCAAAAGAGAGAGACUGGGACCAGUUUCACAGCCCUAGAAACCUUCUUUUGGCCCUCGUGGGUGAAGUUGGGGAGUUAUCUGAGAUAUUUCAAUGGAAGGGAGAGGUUCCAAAGGGAUUACCAGACUGGAAAGAAGAAGAUAAAUUGCAUUUGGGGGAGGAGCUCUCUGAUGUUUUACUCUAUCUUGUGAGGCUCGCUGAUAUUUGUGGCGUCGAUCUCGGCAAAGCGGCACUGAGGAAGGUGGAACUCAACGCCAUUAAGUACCCGGUCAAGCAAUGCGACGGAUAUAACACUGCUGAACAAGACGAAUAGAUCAACACCAAUCACACAGGUUUCUGGGCUUUUUUUUUCUUUUCUUUUUUUCUUGGUUUUGUCCCUUUUCCUUUUUCUUGUUUCUCUCUCUUACUUUUCUGUCUUAUCUGUUUCUCUCUUAGUCUAUGGUCGUGUCCUUGUUUCUCUCUCUUAGUACAUCAUGGUCUAAUGGAUAUUGUGGUUAUUGCAUGAGAACAAUUAUGGGUGGCAUCUUCUGACUUC